AUGUACUCGUCUUCCGCCGCUCAGAAAGUAAAACGGCGCACACAUACGCGGCCAGAGCUCACAGACGAGCAGAAGCAGGAGAUCAAGGAGGCGUUCGAACUCUUCGACACGGACAAGGACGGUUGCGUCGACUAUCACGAGCUCAAAGUGGCAAUGCGCGCUCUGGGCUUUGACCUGAAGAAGGCGGAGGUGCUCAAGAUUCUGCGCGACCACGAUAAGACGGGCCACGGGCUCAUGGACUUUGAGGAUUUCGCGAAAAUUAUGAGCGAGCGCAUUCUUGCGCGAGACCCGAUGGAAGAGAUACGCCGUGCGUUCCAGCUGUUCAAUGAUGACAAUACCGGGAAAAUCAGUUUGCGGAACCUGCGGCGGGUGGCGAAAGAGAUCGGCGACCCACUAUCGGAUGACGAGUUGCAGGCCAUGAUCGACGAGUUUGACCUCGACCAGGACGGCGAAAUAAACGAGCAGGAAUUCUUUGCAAUUAUGACGGACGAUGCGUAA